AUCAAGCUACAAAUUAAAAAAUGUUAUCACGGGGAAAGUCUAUAGCUUGUCUUCUUCUUCUUCUUCUACACUUAAUUAUAGCAUUUAUGUGGACCGUGUCAGCUACUGCUAUUACUACAUACAAUGUAGUCAACUUUGGAGCUAUGCCGGACGGAGAGUCCAAUAAUAAUGUUACAGCCGAGGCCUUCCUCACUGCUUGGGCCGUAGCUUGCAACUCCACCGGACCCACUUCAAUCUACGUUCCUCCUGGAAUCUAUAUGAUCGGAACACCCAUCAGAUUCAAUGGUCAAUCAUGCAAAUCAGAUUCCAUCACAAUUCUCAUCCACGGCACCCUCGUUGCGCCGCCUGCAGAUCUUGGAAGAAGUUGGAUCCUUUUUGAGAGAGUCAAUCGACUUUCCAUCUAUGGCGGCACGAUUGACGCUCAAGGAUCUUGGUUAUGGGCUUGUAAGGCUUCCAAGAAUGACUCUUGUCAUUCUUCUGGUUCUACGUCGUCGUCUCUAGAAUUCAGUCAUUCUAAGAAUGUGAUUGUAAGAGGAUUAACCUCUUUAAACAGCCAACUCACUCACAUAGUAAUUUUUGGCUGCAACAACUUUAAAUUACAUGGCCUAAAGGUUUCUGCCCCCGGUAAUAGUCCCAACACUGAUGGCAUCCACAUCUCGUACUCGUCAAACAUAACCGUCCUCAAUUCAAAUAUUGGCACGGGGGACGAUUGCAUCUCUGUUGGACCAAAAACCGAUAGUUUGUGGAUUGAGAACAUAGCAUGUGGGCCUGGCCAUGGUAUAAGCAUUGGGAGCCUAGGCGGGAAGAUAGAGGUGGGCGGUGUGAAGAAUGUGACGGUUAGAACUGCGAAGUUUACGGGGACAGAAAAUGGGGUGAGGAUAAAGACAUGGGCUGAAGAGGGUAAAGGAUUGGUUAGGGAUGUUGUCUUUGAACAUAUAACAAUGCUUAAUGUACAAAAUCCUAUAGUGAUUGACCAAAAAUAUUGUCCCGGGCACAAUUGCCCUAAUCAAUCUUCGGGGAUUGAAAUCAGUGAUGUAACUUAUCAAGAUAUUCAUGGGACAUCGUCAAGAGAAGUUGCGGUUAGGUUUGAUUGUAGCGAUGAAAAUCCUUGCAGCCGAAUAAUAUUGCAAGACAUAGACUUGAUGUAUGGGGAGAAGAUGGCGCAAUCUUCAUGCUCUAAUGUCGAUGGCACUGCUUCUGGAGUUGUAGUACCAUCCAGCUGCUUAAGCUCCUAACUAUUAUAAAGAAUUAUCUUAUAAUA